UGUCACUGUGCGCGUACGUACGAGGAAAAUCUCUGCCGAGCGAGAGCUGAAGCUGUUCACUACUCUGGUGCCAGAAGAGGUCACAAAGUUUUUUCUCGUCCACCCGUCAGCACUUGUGUGUCGUCGCUCAUCCCGAGUCGAGUGUGUCCGGGUUUUUCGGUGUCACGCGGCAGUUCAGCAGCACCACAUCCAUCCAUCGUCCACCGUGCUAGAAGCGGAUUGGAGGAACAAGUCGCGGAACAUCAGCAGGCAAUAGACCAGUUUGUGAGAGGUAGCAGCCAGCAGGAGACGAUAGAAAAAAAAAUGUCCGUCAAUCGUACCAUUUCGGCCCACCAGGCCGCCAAGGAACAUGUAUUGGCCGUGUCCAGAGACUUCAUCUCGCAGCCACGACUGACCUAUAAGACCGUAUCUGGUGUGAACGGUCCGCUGGUCAUCCUGGAUGAGGUCAAGUUCCCCAAGUUUGCCGAAAUUGUCCAGCUCCGGUUGAACGAUGGUACCAUCCGUUCCGGUCAGGUGCUGGAAGUCAGCGGUUCCAAGGCCGUCGUCCAGGUGUUCGAGGGUACCUCGGGUAUCGACGCCAAGAACACGGUGUGCGAGUUCACCGGUGACAUUCUGCGUACCCCCGUGUCUGAGGACAUGUUGGGUCGCGUGUUCAACGGCUCCGGCAAGCCCAUCGAUAAGGGUCCCCCAAUUCUGGCCGAGGACUUCUUGGAUAUCCAGGGUCAACCCAUCAACCCAUGGUCCCGUAUCUACCCGGAGGAAAUGAUCCAAACCGGUAUUUCUGCCAUCGAUGUGAUGAACUCGAUUGCUCGUGGUCAGAAAAUUCCGAUUUUCUCGGCUGCCGGUUUGCCUCACAAUGAAAUCGCUGCCCAGAUUUGUCGUCAAGCCGGUCUUGUCAAGCACACCGGCAAGUCGGUGCUGGACGAGCACGAGGACAACUUUGCCAUCGUGUUCGCCGCUAUGGGUGUCAACAUGGAAACUGCUCGUUUCUUCAAGCAGGACUUCGAAGAGAACGGUUCCAUGGAGAACGUGUGUCUGUUCUUGAACUUGGCCAACGAUCCAACCAUCGAACGUAUCAUUACUCCGCGUCUGGCGCUCACGGCGGCUGAAUUUUUGGCCUACCAGUGCGAGAAGCACGUGUUGGUCAUCUUGACCGAUAUGUCCUCGUAUGCUGAAGCCUUGCGUGAGGUGUCGGCUGCCCGUGAGGAAGUGCCCGGACGUCGAGGUUUCCCAGGUUACAUGUACACCGAUUUGGCCACCAUCUACGAACGUGCCGGACGUGUUGAAGGACGUAACGGAUCGAUCACGCAGAUCCCCAUUUUGACUAUGCCUAACGACGAUAUUACCCAUCCAAUUCCGGAUUUGACUGGUUAUAUUACUGAGGGACAGAUCUACGUUGAUCGUCAGCUGCACAACAGACAGAUCUACCCACCGGUGAACGUGCUGCCGUCGCUGUCCCGUCUGAUGAAGUCCGCCAUCGGUGAGGGCAUGACCCGCAAGGAUCACUCCGAUGUGUCCAACCAGCUGUACGCCUGUUACGCUAUCGGUAAGGACGUCCAGGCCAUGAAGGCCGUCGUCGGUGAGGAGGCCCUCACGCCUGAUGAUCUGCUGUACCUGGAGUUCCUGACCAAGUUCGAAAAGAACUUCAUCUCGCAGGGUAACUACGAGAACCGCACCGUAUUCGAGUCCCUGGACAUUGGCUGGCAGCUGCUGCGUAUCUUCCCCAAAGAAAUGCUCAAGCGUAUCCCGGCUUCCAUUUUGGCCGAAUUCUACCCACGAGACUCGCGCCACUAAGCUGGGUCUUGUUCAUGUCCACGUUUGAACUGUACGUAUUUUUUCGUUUGUUAUCUCCUUUAUAUCUUUUGCAUGUUGUUGUCCUUUUAUAAAAGGACAUUUUCUCAAGUUUACCCAAUUUUUCAAAAUUGUUUAUACUCUUUUUCCAUUUUUUUUUGUUGAUUUGCCAUAUACCCAUGAGCCGGAAAAGUAUUGUUAUAUAAUGUAAUGAAGAAAAUCUUCCUCCCCUUGGAACAAUCACAUUUUACAGUUUCAAUUGCGUCCACCAGCAACUUAUUUAUCAAUCACAAGCGAUCGGUUCAACUUAUCAAUGUUUAAAAAAGAAGCUAAUCAAGGGAUAAUGUUUGUCUUUUAAAAAUAUUCGUAUCAAUUUAAAUGUGUGUGUGUCGAUACAGCAAAUGUCAUUUCGAGUAACAUUACCAUCCUUAUGGUCGCUGUGGAAAUUAAGCAUUCCUAAAACGAAAAAUCGAUAAUCUACUUACUAAAGCUUCGCAAGAACCAUUUCUACUGAACACCUCAAGAAAAACGACCCAGAAUUAAAAGAAAUUUGUUAUUUUUGAGUAUAGGGUUUUCCCACAUGCGCUCGACUUUCCUUCGACCAAUUUUGCGCCGUGCAAUGCGAACCAGUGCGUAAAAAGCAUCCGAUACGAUCCUCCAACCGCGCCGGAACCGAAUCGACUUUCAAUCGACGACGGACAAGAUCCAACAAGGAACAACUAACAACAACAACAACAACUUAAAGAAAAUCCAUCCAUCUAAAAAUCUAAUGUGUGCAAACUUUACCAUCAGAAAAAAAAAACGAAACAAAAGAAGAGAAGAUUGAUUUAAGAAAACGGCAUCGACGGACAACCGGUUGAAAUUGAUUCCAGGGAAAAUUUUCAGCAUCCAAUUUUCCCGGUCAAUGUUCCGUGGCGCACGCGGACUCGCCUUAAGAUCCUCCAAAAGCCAAAGGGUUCGUGGGGGUUGGAUGGAAUUCGGAUCGAAUUGCCUUUCUUGUGCCCUUCGCUUGUACUGGACGUUUCAAACGAUAAAGAUUGUACCGAUACUGGAAAGUUGAGCUUUUUUAUUAUCAUAAUUUAAUUUGCUAAUUAGGUAAAAUAAUCAACAGUUUGUUUUCGAAGAAAUUAGAACUAUCUAUGGAAAAUCAGCAUAAGUAGUCAAAUAUGUAAUCAAGGAAGAGGUACUACUAGAUGCACUGCUAAGUAUUUCCCCUUUCUGAUUCCCCCUACUUGAUUCGUUCGUGCUAUAAAUAUAAUUUUGUUGUUAUAUUUCUAUCGUGCUAGACGUUUAAGCUAUCUACAAUUAGUCGUUAAGUUAUGAGCGUUUCCUUUUUGCAUGGUCUUAAAACGUAGAACUGCUUCCGACAGUCCUGGGCGUGGUGUUCUUCGACCAUCGAUUGAGAUCCGGAAAUCGGACUCGUUCUGGCACGUUCCAUUCCAGGCAUUAGAAAAGGUGGGAUCUACAUUUUCCCCCGGAUUGGGUACCAACAUCUCGCCCUCUCGGUUUUACUUUGAACAAUCCCCUUUGAUUAUAACCACGUUAGCCGACCAUCUGCUGUAAACAAUAACCGUUCGAAGUAAACUGAAAUCCGGUGAAGAUGUAAGACUUUGCUCCGACUAAUCCUGUAUGGCAUUCGUCUUGGGAUGGUUCGAACCGGAAGGAAUGUCGACUCGAAUUGACACCCCCCUCUCGGAAGGAAGCACUUCUGUACAAUAAUUAGCUUGUAAGUUGCUAAUGUCUAGAACAGAAUGAACCACAUAAAAUAAUCUAAAAAAACACGUUACGCGACGUCACAAAUUAUUUUAGCUGAGAGUUUUACUUUAUUCUGGUCCAUGAACUUCAAACUUCAGAAUCCCACAAAAUCUAAUGAAACAUUCGUGCGCGCAAGUAGAAAACUAAACACUGAUUGGAUGCCGGUCGUGACCAUAUGCGACCGUGUCAACACACUGCAAAAAUUCGGUAGCGAAAGGAUGGAGAAAAUAUAUUACGAUACAUAUAUUAUUAGCUGUUGAAGAUAAAAACUAAAAUUAUUCACGUGUAUACAACACUAUAAAUGAUGAAAGAGAAACAAACAAAAAAAAACUAAUAAAAGCGGACAAAAACUUA